AUGUGCAAAGCUUCGUAUUUCCUGCUGUUACUGAUUAUAACUGCUACGACGAGUCUCUCAUUAGCAUGCUUCGCUUCUGGUAUAUGUGGUGGUGGUUGUCCACCGCCACCACCCCCUGUUUGCGGUGGUGGAUGCGGAGUUGGUUACUCCUGUGGUCAUUACGGUUGCUUUCGUACUCGAGCACGUGCUGCUUCAUCACUAACGAUGUCAAUUGAAACGCUUGCAAAGAAAGCAGCCACUCCUGACGAGAAAUUCAUGGCAUGCUGCAUCGAAAGAAACCUUCCGGAUUCGUGUCUUAAUAAAUGCUUAUUCAGUACGUACACCAGAGCUGCCCUUCAGGCAAUGUACUUCAAGCAGGACUCAUGCCCCAUACAGGCUGCCACUGAUAUUCAUUACUGUGCUGCUCAAGGAAAGGAUCACAGAGAUUGUUGCUCUAGAAAUGGUGUUGCGACAACUUUAGCUGGAUAUAAGUGUAUGACGUUCUGUGACCAACGACCUGGUAAUGUCACUCAACUCGACUUCACCUACCUGGCGUGCUAUGACCGUUUCGAAAAUAUGAAAGCGUGUUUUUGGCAUGAUGUUUCAAGAAUCGACGAAUCUGAACAGUCGUUUUCUCAUGAUGAACGUCCAGAAAUGGACCUCAUAUCGUCAUCUCGACGUUCUUCAUUACAAGCACAAUUGUUUGCAGGUGGUUCGAAUCCACCCGUCAGAUUAAGUGUACCCGGUAGUGUUCGUACACUCCAAGCAAAAAUCUUCCACUAA